CUCACCUUAUAACUUAUUGUACCACACUUAUUAGCUUCUUGUGUAUGUGAAUGCGAUAACUUAGUAAGUCUAUAAUAACCCCUUAUCUAUAUAUUUUUUUUCUAGUACAUAUACAACACUACCAAGCUACAACAUCAUGAAACCACACAAAUCCACAUCAACACCACAAUUUCCUAAUAACGUGGCUGAUAUCACGUGCAUGGACCAACCAAUUGUGGCGGAGAAGGCUUGCAAAACGGUGCGUUUAAUAGGCUUCCUUAUCCAAAACGGAGUCUCCAAGAGUAACAUCAACAUGCAAGAUUUUAUGAGAAGGGGGAAGAGUAUAGGGAAGGCGCUUAACAACGCCGUGGCACGUCACCACGAGGCACUCACGUGUCGUGGUGACGCGGCCACGGAGUUUGUUUCUCCUUUGGAUUACCAGUUCAGCUGCAGCGGUAGUCCGCCGCGGCCGUCUUAUUAUGCGGCCAGGCGAAGGCUCUCCCCGAUCGCUACGGCACAUGGAGAGAGGCAUUCUCCGCAGGCUCAUAAGUUUGCGAGGAUGUGUCGUGGCGGCGAGGGCGACGCGCUGGUCAGGCAUUACUAUCCGGUGAGGAGGCGCGUGAAGAUUGCAGCUGCGGGAUCGCCGUCCGCGGCUUCUUCUUUGGCAGCGGCGGAGGAGGAGAAGGAGGAGUUCCGGGUGGAUGAGGCGGCGGAGGAGUUCAUCGAGAGGUUUUAUAGGGAUCUGAGGUUGCAGAAAUGGUUGGAUCAUUGUUGCUAGUAUGUGUACGUUAGAAUUUUGAGCGUCCACGUGUUAGUUGGUGAUUGGACGUGUUCGAUCGAGAGUUUUGAGGUUUAAGCUUUUCUUAAUUAACAUGUAAAUUAAUCUUUUACAUGCUUAUAGUGUAAUAUAUAAAAGCAACAUGUGUG